UCCUGGUGAAUGCCAAACAAACCGAUUUCAAUUGCCGGAACGAUUUCAAGCCGCUAAAAUGGCAAGUGUGCGCUGUUUGCACAAGCUAAUCCGCCUGCAAAAGAUCCUGCUGCCACUCAAUGCACAAAGCUCCCGUUUGGCUCCAUUGCAUCCCAGACCAUUAACUUUCCUGCUGGCAAGAAGUUAUGCCAAGGAUGAAAAGUCAACCAACCUAGACGAUUUCCGGGCUAGAGAAGAGCAGCGUGAAAAGGAACGGGAUGCGGCUGAUGAGGCCGCUGCAAAGGCCACACAAAAAGAGUCGGUGGCAGGAGGGGGAGGUCUGGGAGCAACAGGAUCGGAGUCCAGUGGCCAUCAGGAUGAUCCCAAGCAGGCCAAGGUGGAUGCCAUAAGGGCAAAGAUCCUGGACGCCGCACUGCAGCAUGUGCCCCAGCAGGGUUGGACACGACAUGCCAUCGUCCUGGGCGCCGAGGAGAGUGGCUAUCCCAGCGUGGUGCACGGCAUGUUCCCCGAGGGGGGCUUUGCCCUGGUCUCCCACUUUAACGGCAAGUGCAACGCCCAGUUGGUAGAGAGCCUGCAGCAAAAGACAGAUGGCGGAAAGCAGGAGGUGGAAGACCCGCUGGACUUCCUGGUGCAAGCGGUACGCCAGCGCCUGGAAAUGGUCACCCCCUAUAAGACGCAGUGGCCCCAGGCGAUGGCUUUGAUAGCCCAACCGCAGCAUGCACCCACCGCCCUGGCCCAGGUGCUCACUCUAGUGGAUGACAUCUGCUACUAUUCCGGGGAUCGAUCCGUGGACUUCGGUUGGUACACUAGACGUGUGGGUCUGGCGACCAUAAUGAAGAUGACCGAGCUAUAUUUUCUGCAGGACACCUCCCAAGGACACACUCAGACCUGGGAGUUCCUGAAGAACCGCAUGGACGAGGCUGUGCAGCUCCAAAUAAUGCUAUCUCAGACGGAGGGCAUGACGCACACGUUCCAACGUUCCUUUAACUCGGCGUUCAUAACGGCGCGUAAUAUACUCGGUCUUGGUUAUAACCGCAAUUAGCACGGAAAAAGUCCGAUCCCGUGAUCCGUUGCCUCGAGUGCCGCAUGCAGUCCAAAGAUAAAUAAUUCUGGUGGGAACGGUGCUUCUCCCACUUGAAGAUCUACACUUAUGUUUACCUUAAAUCCAUAUGUAUAUAUGUGCAUAUAAGUACACCCCAAUGCAACCGAAUGGUUUUGUGGUUUCCCUGGGGAGUAAAUGAUAAAAACCCAACCGUA